UUCUCACUCACUCGUCCUCUUGCCUUCCCUCUGUAGACUGCGGUCCUUUACCAUUUUAUCCUUCCUCUUCUUUUUGAAGGUGUUUGUUGCUAUGAUGGCUCCUCAGCAGAUGCAGCAGCUCCUUUCCUCCAACCAGCUGCAGGCUCUCAUUCACCAGAAGCAACAAGCCCUUUUACUCCAGCAGCAACAUCUGAAAGAGUUUUACAAUAAGCAACAACAGUUUCACCUGCAGCUGCUUCAACAAAAGCCCAGCAAGAAAGUCAAAGAGCUCACUGCUCAGCAGCUCGUGUUCCAGCAGCUCCUCCAGCUCCAGCAGCAGCAGCAGCAGCAGCUCCUCCGGGUGCAGAGACCCGUCCUGUCCUCCCCCGCCCCCUCUCCAGGUCAUUAUGUUUCAUCUCCCUCAGUAGCAGUGUCUGUUGAAAGAAACGCUGGUUUGAGCCUUGAAAAGAUGCAGCAGAUAUGGAAAGAGCUCACAAACGGAAUAACUGAAGAUAAAGCCACAUCGAAAGGCAAUCAGGACUCUUCUGCUAACAACACGAUGUCAACAAAAGUCCCAGGGAGGCAGACCGGUGACCAGCAAUCUUCUUCUCCUCGCAGGGCACAAUGUGCUGUCAAAGCUGAUCGCGCUGCCGCACACGCUCUCUACAGUCAUGGUGUGUGUCAAUGGCCCGGAUGCGAGUCGGUGUGUGAAAACCUCAGCCAGUUCAUCAAGCACAUAGGCAGCGAGCACACUCUGGAUGACAGAAAUACAGCACAGUGCAGAGUCCAGAUGCAGGUGGUUCAGCAACUUGAACUUCAGCUCUGCAAAGAACGGGAGCGUCUGCGAGCGAUGAUGGCUCACCUGCAUCUGCCAUCUUUAGAAUCUCAGUUGAUCUCUGCCCCCGCAAGUCUACAAAUGCCUCAAUCUGAUACGGCUGCUGACCCACACGGUCUUCAGGUAGAUUGUGUGUGUGGUAAUAGCUGUGAGAACAACAGAGACGAACUCCACCUGGCCUCGCCGAGCCCGUCAGACUCCCCACAACCCCUGGCCUCUGUCAGCACUCCAUCCCAGGGGAGUGAAGAAGAGUGUACUGGGGCCAUAAGAUGUCGUCAUCACCCAUUGGUCUACUCCCUGUCUUCAGAAAAUGAAUAUGAGCUUUAUAAGAACGCCGAUAUCAGACCACCUUUCACCUACGCAACACUGAUAAGACAGGCUAUUAUGGAAACAUCAGACAUGCAACUAACACUCAACGAGAUAUACAACUGGUUCACACGGACAUUUGCUUAUUUCAGACGCAACGCUGCCACUUGGAAGAACGCCGUGCGCCACAACCUGAGCCUGCACAAGUGUUUUGUGCGUGUGGAGAAUGUGAAAGGCGCAGUGUGGACAGUAGAUGAGGUGGAAUACCAGAGGAGGAGAUCCCAGAAGAUCCCAGGGAGUCCAUCGCUGAUAAAAAAUGUGUCCUCCAGCCUUGAUUUUGGGACUGUUCUGAAUGCCAGCUUACAGACGGCACUGCCAGGAUUCAAGGAGUGUGUUAACAGAAACUCCGUGAGUCAAACACAGGAGAACAAAGCAACAAACAGCAACAGUAAACAAAACUUCUCUCCCCGAGUCCAGCAGUCUCUUUCCCUUAAAAGCGAAGCGCUGAAUCUGAAUGACCAAGAAUCUCUGAUGCCCACAGUAAAGCCAGCCAUCCUGCCACACGACAUGACUGAAGAUCACGAAGAACAUUUGUUUGACCCUGAAUGACAAGAGAACAGUUUCAAACACUCGACAACGUCACAACGUUAACGCAGUGUGAAAUUCUCACUGAAAUAUUUUUUGAUCAAUUACACAUCAACAUGGAGAGAUUCAGAAUUGUGGUUUAUCAUAUGGUUCAAAUAUAUUAUAUUCAUACACAAGAGAACUGUUCUAAUUUUGUUGACAUGUCUGCAGCAGGCCACUAUUUCUUUUAAUAUUUCAACCUUUAAGACAAGAAAGUGGAAUAUAGUGCCACCUGUAGUACAUACAAUGACAAAGAAAUAUUACAGUUAAAUGAGAGAUUCAAUGUGUUUAAAGCCAAAAUGUUGCUCACAUUUGAACUACCCAGAUAAUAAAAAGGAAUGUAUGAUCAUUUCUUUUCCAUAGGAGACCUGGCCAAGAACUGUGCAUUAUGACAAGAAUCAAAAUAGAGGAGAAUGAACACAUUAAAAAAGAAGAGUUGGGAUCUGAUAGUUUGGGGUAAAUGGUGUCUUUUUCACCAUGAAAAAUCCCACAUUUUCAUGUAAAUGAUACAAUGCAAAGGCUCCAGUAUGUAAUAGUAUGAUGUAGAAAAGGGAUGUUUUGUCUGUUUUUGCGAACACAGUGAAAGCUACAUUACAGCAAAGAGAGAGCUGUUUUCUGUUGCUGGAAUUUUUAAAAACAUGUACAGUCUGUACUGUGGCUUCUCUCUGUUGUCUUUGGAAAUCAGCCUGCUGAAAUGGGUUUUAUCAAUGUCAAUUUGUCUUGUACGUUUACCUGUUUGCCUGUGUGUGACUUAUGUAUUUAAUACAAGACACAACACACACACAACAUUCCACUUUUAUAACAUUGUGUGGGUAUUUACAUUC